CAUGAGUUGUUUUAAACUGUUCGAUGUCAACGGCACCACCGUCCGAUGGUCGCCAUGGCCACCGUCCGAUUCACACCCCACGAACGGGGCGUCCGGCUUCUCGUGGUAGCCUCGGUGCUGGCCAUCAGCACCUUGCAGGGCUGCGAGCCUGAGACCCCAGAGGAGCUUCAGGGCACCAGUGACACAGCCUUGGCUUUUGCUAUCGUUGGCACUGUGCUUGCAGUGUUGGGCCUUGGCGGUGGUUGGUGCUCGGUGUGCAUGGACGACGGGCCGUCUUCGGAAAAACGCUCAUACUGCGCCUGCGCAGUGGGAUUUCUUUGCUGCUGGCUCGUCGUUGGUCUUCCUCCUUGGAUUGUCUUCGCCAACUACCAAGCGCAAAUGACAUGCGACACGUUGCGCAGCAUGCAGCCGGAGCUGUGCUGGAGGGGUACCUGGUGGGGAUGGCAGGAGGGUUCGGAGGGUUCAGGCUUCACAGCACUGGAAUGCUGCAGGGGUCCGCCCGUGGCAACUGUGACAAUGACAUCCGUGACCAUGACAUCUACGACUAUGACACUCACCACUCUGCCCGCGAUCCCUUACUGCCAAUGCGAAGCUGCAUCAAGCUCAGCCCUUCAAUGCGAGACUGGCGCUGGGCGAAGCUGCAUCACCAAUUUGACGGAUUGGACGGCUUGCUUUGAAGAGGGACGCCUGUGUGAAGCGAGUGACGGAUGCAUCACAAAGCCAGAAUUUGUGGCGAACUGUGCGCAAUUUGGCAAAGCAGAGUGCAAGGAGCAGAGGGCAUGUUACUACCAAGCCCCUAAUUUGGUCUAUAGAAUGGCUUGCAGGAGCCAAGGCGCCAACAAUGCAAGCGCAAAAGCCCAUGCACUUUGCUCUGAAUACAGUAGCAAAAUGACGUGCAACGGGCAAACAAUUUGUCAAUGGACACUUGUUGAGUAUGACAAUGAGCCUUGCAAGAAUGGUGGCGUGCACGUUGGAUGCCUUGGCAUCACAGAGCAGCUGGAUGCUAGAUGUGCCAUCCAUGAAACGUCGUCUUCAUGCAAACUGGGGUCUGAUCAUGACAUUUGUGAGUGGAAAGGGCUUUGCCACUGCACGUCAGAGUUUUUCGGCGACAACUGCCUGCAGGAGAGGGUUCAAUACGUGAAUGGAGGGCUGUGCCUCCAGAGUGCUUCGCGCCCAGCCAUUUGCAAAGGCUUGGUGAUUGCCGCAUCUUCCGAGGAUCGGGAAUUCUGCAGCCCUGAGCAGGAUUGCGAAGUUUGGGACCGGGUGAAGUACAUGCUCGGAAUCAUGUAUGAAGCUGAACUUGGGGACAUUAUCAUUGACAGUCUCGCCAUAUGCUUCUGCCUUGCGGCCCUUUGCUUAAAGCAUAAGGGUCAGCGUGGGAAGUACAUCCUUUUGGCGACCUUCGUCAGCUUCAUGGCAGACAUUGCCCUGGAGGUCUUGUUGGCAGACUCUGUUGGAGGGGCCAAGGAUGUUGUGGCCGAGUUAGAGGAAGCUGUUUGCAUCUCCCCACAAGGUGACUUCUACAAUUCGCUGGUGAUCCUAAAAGAUUUGGCAAACACCAUCGCAACUCUCGCAUGGGUGAACGUGGGAAUUGCCAUUCUUGGUGGCCUCAGCGAGGUCUUGCAGACCUUCAUGGAUGCAUGCGGCAAGAAGGUGCUGGAACGUACUGCAGUUGGCUUGGUGGUGGCAGCAUCCGUUUUUGAGCUGGGGCUCGGAUGCAUUAGCUUUGGGUUCAACACCCUGGAGUUCAUCGCCGUGGUGAAAGAUAUCGAGGUUGCUGCCCUAGGCUUGCAGACCAUGGAAGACGACUAUGGACACAUGUGCUAUGUGAGGAAUCCCGAUUUGACGCCAGCAACUGCGCAGGGUGUGAUGUGGAUCCAACCUGGUUUGAUCAUGGUGAUGCCUAGUGUGGUGGUUUGUUGCUUCUUCCUGGCUGCAGCAGUCUACACCUACAGGUGUGCUCCGCCGGAUGAACCUGAAGAUGAGGCACCUCAAGAGGUGGUGAUCACCACACCGCGCACGCCCGGCACGCCGCGCUCCGCGGAUGCUCCGGUGCCUCCAGAUGUGCCUGAUGGAAGUGAAGAUUGAAUCGUCCAGGCCGAGGCCCAGGCAUUACGUGCGCCUGGGUGUUCCUCCGAUCGCAGCGACCCAGGGCGCGCUUCCGCGGAAGCGGCGAUGGAACUCGGCCGAGUCGUGAGCAGAAUGGCCGAAUGGCCCGAAGAACCAGUGGCGGUGGUUGGAAGGUCCCAAGCACCUCCCAGUCGGCGGUGCUUGAGCAUAUGUGGUGACAGGUUUGAAGAUCUGGUCGAAAACAUCCCAGUCAGCGGUGUCUUGUUUUUGUUUGUGUUUUUUUUUUUUUAUCAUCCUUAAACUCCAUAUAGAUCCCAGGGCCCAUCUGCACUGGACAUGACAUGUUGGACUAAACAUGUUGGGCAAAAAUCAACCAACCACCAUCAGCGUCUGAGACGCUCAUCUUUCAGACUCAGCUCCCCUUCGCAGGCAUGCUUGGAAGGGAGGCGAUCAUGUUGGAGGUUGCUCGGGCGGCGCAUCUCCCCUGCCACGCGUGUUUUUUUGUUUGUUUAAGGUGACCGGUGUUAAUGUCGCAAGAUGAAGUAAGAUCAUGGAAGUGAAGAACUUGUUCGGGGCCCACUAUUCAGGGUAAUGCUGGAUGCGUAGUUUGCGGGGGAUGUGCAUAGAAGUUGCCUUAAUUUGACUGGUUUAUGUUUAUGGGUAUGGCUCGAACAUGAGCUCUCCCUAACCCCCAGUUGGUCGAGCAAAGACAGAUCAACAUAUAUAAAUGUUCUGGGGCAUUUAUUUUGAGCCGCACCCGCGCAGAAUCUGUUUGAUUCUGGCAAUGUUUAGAAAGAUGUCUCACUUGUCAUGUUCGGGUGCUCCCUUCUGUGCCAAAUGGCGGACGGCAGCUCAGGACGGCCAACACGACACACCGCAGAGUCGGACCUAAAAACAACCACGUUGCAACAGCCGACGUCUUAGACGUCUCAGACGUCUCCGCGCGCGGGGUACGCAUCAGACGCAGACGACCUCGUGGGUCGUCGGCGGAAUCGACGUGGAGUAUCGUCGGUGCCCGGGAAGAGCCACGUUUUCCAAGAGGUGGGAGUCCAAAGCACAUGAAACCUGGGGGCGGCAGCGCAGGGCGAACAUCGGCUUGAAGAAUGGUCCUCAAACAGUUCCCUGUCGAGCACGAGUGGAUUACAUUUGCCAUAGCCAUGGCCCAAUUGGGGCGUGAACGGCCGAGCUGUUCGACACCUUCUUUGGUGGAACCUGACGCCGAGACGGGACGCGCGCGCGACACGCCGCCGGUUGAUCACCCCGAGACGACGACACGGUGGACGGCGUGGACGGCGACGUGGCCUCGAAAAGGUUCAUCCUCUACAACCGGGGUGUUUUCACUCCACGUAACCAUGUGAGUUCCAGGGAGAGUACGUACUUGAUUGACUGGGGUGACCAAUGGUGACUGACUAUGGUCGGCACUACUUGAGGUGGCUGUUGGGUGACUAUUGGUUCUGGCACCCCUGGCCUGUUCUCGGGAGUCAGGAGUCAGCCGCCGUCCAUGGGGCAGAUCCUGCAACCUGCCUUCUCCGUGACCCGCAGAGCGUCGGGCUAUGAAGUGGCCAGCAGCGGGGAUGCGAUGGAAAAUGAGUCCAAUUCGACC